AUGUGCUAAAAAUUUGUUUCAUUGGAAUCAUCCUUUAAUUAGGUGUUGAUCUCUAUCUAUGUAUUAUGCAAAAUUUGCACAGUUUUGUAACAAAUAUUUGACAUCAUAUUCCAACUUAACAGAGGGCUCAUUAGUCGUAAAACCACAUCUUUUACACAACUUUACAAAAGUAACCUUAUCAUAUGGUACCUAGGUAAAAUUUAUUUUGUAGAAUUCUAAUGGUUAAACUCAUAUUUGCACUUUAGAUUUGUUGAAUACCUUGUGAAUUUUGCUACGGGGAAGUUAUUCCAUACCAUUAUGAUAUUGAACCUUACCUUCCAAAAAAAACUUAAUAUGUAAGGGCUACACGUCAUUCUCAUUCACACAACUUUCAAAAGUUAGUUAUGGAUUAAAUAGUAAAAAGGCUUUAGCUGCAUUCUAGAGUUCCUAAUUAAAAGGUUGGAUGGUACACCAUUUUAUGUAUAAAAUAUCUAAAAAUUCCUCUUCUUCAGUAGCAUUUGGUACCUCUACCCACCAAGGGGUUUUUUAUGA